AUCCCGUGGGCUCCGAGCCCGAGGCCACGCCUGGCAGAGCCUGGCCCGGGCGGGGCGAGUGCCUUGCAAACCGCACGAAUAACCGUCCUGUCCCCGCAGCCCCGCCUGGUCACAGCCAGCACCAUGAAGGUGCCCCUCGUCGGCGACUUCGGCUCCGGCUUCAGCAAGGUGGGCUUCUCGGGGAUGGGGAUGCCCCUGGCUGUGUUCCCGACCAUCCUCGGGAAACUUAAGAACGACGGCCUGCUGGUGGGCCUGGACGAGGAGGACUGGUUCCUGGGGGACGAGGUACAGAGCCGACUGGUGGAGCUCAACCUGCUGCGCCCCGUCUGCCGGGCCAGAGUCACCAACUGGGACCACAUGGAGAAGAUCUGGCAUUACUCCUUCUACCGGGUGCUGUGCGCCGCGCCGGAGCAGCACCCUCUGCUGCUCACCGAACCGCCCUCCGCCGCCCCGUCCACCAAAGAGAAAGUGUCGCAGAUCCUGUUCGAGACCUUCAAUGUGCCUGCCCUGUAUCUAGCCAACCAAGGAGUCCUUUCUCUCUACGCCUCCGGCCUCACCUGGGGGACAGCCAUCGAGUCCGGAGAAGGGAUGACGCACUUCGUGCCCAUCAGUGAAGGCUGCCCUCUGCACCAGUCCACCAUGAAGAUGGAGGUGGCCGGCCAAGACAUAACCCUGUACCUGAUGCAGCUACUGUCGGCCAAGGGGAACUCCUUGAUAAGCACAGGGGACCGGGAGUGCAUCCGGCACCUGAAGGAGAAGCACUGCUACGUGGCCAUGGACUUUGACAAGGAGAGAACGGAAGCCCCCUCGCCUCCCCCCACAGAAAAGUGCCUCCUGCCCGACGGCCGAGAGAUCACGCUCGGCCAGGAGAGGUUCUCCGCCCCCGAAGUGCUUUUCCACACCGACCUCAUAGGGAGGCACAGCCUGGGCGCCCACAUGAUCGCCUUCCGCUGCGUCAGUUCCUGCGACCCUGCCCUCUGGAAGAUUCUCUUCGACAACAUCGUGCUGUCUGGCGGCACCGGCUCCUGCGUGGGCCUGAGGUCCCGGAUGCAGAGGGAGCUGUGCGCGCUGGUGUCGCCUACGAUCGCCGUGGAGGUGUCCACCUGCCCCUUUUCCAAAUACGGUGCCUGGGUGGGCGGCUCCAUGCUGUGCUCCCUCUCCACCUUCAAGGACAUGUGGGUCACCAGCAAGGAGUACCAGGACCUGGGCUCCUCCGUGGUCUGCAGGCGGUCCUUCUGACUGGCAGCUCCCCGGACCCCGGUGCCCGUCCCAGCAGCGCCACCCCUGGCCGAGCCUCACGGUGGCCGGGAACAGAACAAGCAGAUGUCCGAGAAAUAAAAUUCACGCA